GUCCAUUGAUAGACAAUAGGUAUAGGGAGAGCUAGAAGGAAUAGAGGGUUAAUAGAAUAAUAGGCCGUUAAACUCUGUACAUAACAUGGGAAGGGGUACCGGUCUUUGCCUGUGGCGUGGUACGUAUGAGCAGGGAAUGUAGUGAGGCGACUGUAUUAGGUCACGAGAGUUGAAACCUAAGAGCAUGAAAACCCUAGACAUGCUUAGUUUUUUGGAAGAAGUGGCAUCAGGUGGCUUGGAGAAUGCAGACUUGACAUUGAUAUGUCUGCAAGGCCUGUGAGGACUGCUGUUUUUGGAUUACUGUACAUCUUUGCUUUGGUAUCGUAGCACACAGAAGUCAUUCACCAUCUGGCGCUGGUUGAUUGAAUAUGAUCAAACGAUUGUUCUGCUUCUUAAGCUCAUUCUUAUCGCACAUAAUCCUAUCUUCACGCAUUGAUAGCAAACAGCAGACAAAUUUGCUGAAGCAUACAGGAUCUACAUGGGUCAUCGCAUGUAAAGUUGUGUAUAAUUCAUGAAAGAAGACAGCGAAUGACUCGUACAUGUUCAAUGUACCGACAUAUUCAUCCCUUAAUAGUGUGCAAUAUGUCACAUUUUAUUUGACGAAAUUGACAUCUUGCUGCCUUUUCAUGAUUGGAGUCAAGUUUGUUGAUGUAUUUCUACAAAUAAAGCAUCGAUUGACUUUCUGCUUGCCUUCAUGUUAUGAUAGUGCAAUAUUCAUAUCCCUGCAAGUGCAAUAUAGCAUUGAUCGCUGGAAUGACUUGACAGCAUACAACUUCUACCCCUACAUCAGACCUUGAAGCACAGUUGGACAAUUUUUUUCGAGACAAAGUUGUGGCUUGGAUGAAGUGACCCACAAUUAGCAUCAUCAUCAUCAUCAUUCAGAAUUCUUUGAUCAGAGAUUAUCUUCGCUAGUGUACUUUUCACCUUAGAAUUCAAAACCAAACACUUUGAAUUUGUACACCUUGAUCUGGAUGUAUUUAUAAUGCGGGAUCGAUUGGUGUAAAUGCAGCCGGUGUACCCAUGCAUGCUAUCCUAGUAGCUGUCUUUGCAUUUUUUCUGAGUAUCUUCAUGGAGCAGCAUAUUGUGCUAUGGUUGAGAACUUCCUCAAAGAAAAAUUGACCAUGUUAUUGGUGAGGUGAGCUGGGUCAACUUUUCUGCCCAUCUUUGACUUUGUAGAUAUUCAUAAAGUAAGAAAUGACUUUCAUCAUGAAGAUGCCAUACACUGUAGGUAGUACUGUCAGGAGUGAACCUACAAUGUUUGAUUGCUAAACAUAUUUUAAUCAUAAAAACCUGGCAUUUUACUACAAACAUGCCCCAUGAUCAGUCAGGGCAAUCCACACACCUCAAACUUUGAUUGCCAACAUAAUAGGAGACUCUAACACUGUGUCCAGACAGCACUGAGAUUGUUGUCGGUACUCUGCAUCCAUGGUCUUAUCAACCCUGUGUUUACCUGUUGGGUGAUACUGUUUGAACUUGGCUAGUAGUACCCUCCUGACCCUGUAUCAUGUUUCGUAUGACCUAUCGUCACCGGGAUACCCUCAGCGCGGGUAACUCGCCCCACAAGGUAUACUACACCAUGGAGGGAGGCCGUCGGGUGGUUACUGGUAUGCCAGCUCUAACCAUUGGCUCUAGUAACUCCACAAAUUUCUCCAACCAAGAUGGAGUGCAAGGCAACUCACCGGUGGUCAGCUCUAGCGGUCAGAGCUCGGACCUCGGCCGUCAGAUGUCCAGCGAGGAUCUCAAGCAUUUUGAGAGGAAGCUUGAGAGGGAACGAGAGAAGAGGAUCAACACCGAGCAGCCCCCGCCUCCUAGGUUAGAUUCAAGAGUAGCCCUGAGGUAUAGAAGAGAAAGCCUUCUGUCUUAUUACCCAGAAAAAUUUAACAAUGAAGUGGUUAGUGAAAGUGGACCACAAUUCGAUCUGAACAACCUCAGGAGGAAUGGGUUCCGCCCCACGUCGAAGAACUCCUUCAUGAGAGACCAACCCAACGUUCAUCUCACUGCCUACCGCCACGGCCACGCCCCACCUCCCGUUGAUCCCAUGGCUUCGUUAUCCAUCACAAACUCGGGGCCCCCCGCAUCGAUGUCCACCUCCGGGGUUCCAGGGGCGCUACGGGGUCAGAGCAUUGGUUUCGGGAACAGGGAAAGUAGCGGAGGGCUCAAUGGAAGCACCAUGGGAGGUCAGGGAAGAAUGAGCAACAUGAAGACGAGAACGAGGGCAUCUUUCUUGGCAGGGCAGAGUGAUAGAUACAAACAGAGCCAGUACCAGUUUCAUGAUCCUGUAGCGGGGGCCACCCCUGACUUUACCCAAAGACUUGCAGAGCUUACCUCACUUGAAAGUGAUACAAUACGAUACGAAAGGACUAAGAAGGCCAAGAAAAAAGCCAAACAAGACUCGGGAUGAGAAUACUUUGCGAUUGCAUCAGCCAAUAAAAUAAAGAAAAUGGACUGCAGAGGUUGCUAGAUAAUGGUGGUUUGACAAAAAGCUAGGAGAUGAAGUCAUGUUUAGCAGACUGCGACACUCGUAUGAGCAAACUGUGAGGUUGGAAAGAUUGAAACGCAGCAGAGAUCGUGAAACUUUUGGCAUUUGUUUCCUCAGGAUAGUUAUCAGAGUGCGUAAUUGAGCUUAAACCGUGACCGAUGUACUGAGAGAGAUUGUCAGGGAAAUUGGUCAUAUCUGAACAACUAAUGUAGCUAAUACCAGAAUUUAUUGAGGACUGGAAAGAGCUAGUACAGAAGUGAUUUUGUUUUUAUGGGAAUGUACACAUCUUCUUCAACUCAAAUGAGAAUUGGUUUAUGCAGGUGAAGAGUCAGUCUAAUGUUGAAUUGAUCUGUUUAAAAAUGUUGAGUGUUCACUCUGUACUAACAUUAUACUGAAUUGCUGAAUAUCUAAUUACGAGACUUUAUCAACGUUAUGAGUUGGUUUUAUAGAGAUUUACAUUCAUGGUGAUGUUACUAUGAUGGUAAAUACCAUGGUCCUUGAUUCUGAUUGGCUGUUGAGCCCUGUUACUAAAUGGUAGUUAUCAUAAUUGCAAAGUAAUGAUAUUUUUUAAGUCCUUUUUGACCCAGGCGCUAUACAUGUAUCUGUUAUAUACUUUAUCAACGUUAUGAGUUGGUUUUAUAGAGAUUUACAUUCAUGGUGAUGUUACUAUGAUGGUAAAUACCAUGGUCCUUGAUUCUGAUUGGCUGUUGAGCCCUGUUACUAAAUGGUAGUUAUCAUAAUUGCAAAGUAAUGAUAUUUUUUAAGUCCUUUUUGACCCAGGCGCUAUACAUGUAUCUGUUAUAUCAGUGAUUAAUGAUGGUCACUGAAUGAAUUGGUUGAUUAAAAUUCAGAUCCAGUUUAAAGCAUAAAUUGAAAAUCGAUCUGGAACUGAUACUUGUCAUACUUUCCACAUAAAAUAUAGAUAUCCUUGUGCAAGGAAAUGUGAUAUUACACUUAGAAGUUCUGGAGAAUUUUGGUCUAUUGCUUAUAAUGGCACAAAUUGUAAAUGGUGAUAUUAACCAAUGCAAAAUGCAAGGACAAAUUAUGAUCUAACAAGGAUUCAUACAUAAUUUGGUCUAGGGUAUUGAAAGAGUUUGUUCUGUUACCCAGGAAUGUAUCCCUACAUGUACAUGUAUUACUGUUAGAUGUGUUUCUUAUACAUUUUCAGCAAUAUUUACCAUUAUAUCCUACAUGGGUUAAAUCCUGUAUUUGUUCAAAUAGCAACACGUGACCAAAGAUAUUCUAGCAAUGCUGAUGAAACAAAACACCCAAUAAGGAAAAUUUACUAUUCUGUAAUGUCACAGAUCAUGCAAUCUCUCGAACGCGCCGGUCAGAA